UUAUAAAUACACCACAGAGAGAGAGGGAGAGAGAGAGAGAUUAAAGAGUACUGAGCUUUCUUGCAGGCCCUUCUUCUGCUACAUUGCCAGAACCAUCUUUUAACUUUUUCUUCUCAUAAUUCUCUCUCUCUCUCUCUCUCCCCCAGAGUACUACUUUCACCAUACUCUCUGCAAACCCAUAACAUUAGAUUCCUCAUCUCUCUCUUCCAGAGCAAAGAAAGAUGGUUUCAAAAUUAUAUGCAUAUAGAACAGAUAUCUAGUUGUGAUUCAUGAACCCUCAAAUGUGCAUUAAAGUUGAGUGUUUGCUCUAAAAAUCUCAUCUUUAUGUCAAUGGCAUCUUUGUUUCAGCUACUAUUUGUGCUUCUUACAUUUUGUUUGAGCUUCUGCUUGGUGGACUCUAAUGAUGGGGCAACAUUGUUGGAGAUAAAGAAGUCAUUUAGAGAUAAAGAUAAUGUGUUAUAUGACUGGACAGAUUCACCUUCUUCAGACUACUGUGUUUGGAGGGGAGUCACUUGUGACAAUGUCACCUUCAAUGUGGCUGCACUUAAUCUUUCUAGCUUGAAUCUUGGUGGAGAGAUUUCAACUUCUAUUGGAGAUCUUAAAGGCCUACUCUCUAUAGAUUUGAAGGGAAAUCUUCUCUCUGGUCAAAUACCUGAUGAGAUUGGGGAUUGUGUUGGUUUGAAGAGCUUGGAUUUGUCUUUUAAUGAAUUGAAUGGCGAUAUACCAUUUUCUAUAUCUAAGUUAAAGCAACUAGAAAACCUCAUUUUGAAGAACAAUCAAUUGAUUGGACCAAUCCCCUCAACGCUUUCGCAGAUUCCAAACCUUAAAAUAUUAGACCUCGCACAAAAUAAGCUUAGUGGGGAAAUACCACGACUUCUGUACUGGAAUGAAGUUUUACAAUAUCUAGGUCUGAGAGGCAACAACUUGGGUGGAUCACUAUCAGCUGAUAUGUGUCAGCUCACGGGCUUGUGGUAUUUUGAUGUCAGAAACAACAGUUUGUCUGGUGCAAUUCCUGCCAACAUAGGCAAUUGUACUGCCUUUCAAGUGUUGGACUUGUCUUACAACAAUCUAACAGGAAAAAUUCCUUUCAAUAUCGGGUUCUUGCAAAUAGCUACUUUAUCUUUGCAAGGAAAUCGAUUAUCUGGGGAAAUUCCAUAUGUGAUUGGCCUUAUGCAGGCACUUGCAGUUCUGGAUUUAAGCUGCAACAAUUUGACAGGAUCUAUUCCUCCCAUUUUAGGAAACUUGACGUACACAGAGAAAUUGUAUCUGCAUGGAAACAAAUUGUCUGGUGCUAUUCCCCCAGAGCUUGGAAAUAUGACAAAGCUCCACUAUCUGGAACUAAAUGAUAAUAAGCUCACUGGCCAUAUUCCACCAGCACUGGGACAGCUCACAAAUUUGUUUGACUUGAAUGUUGCCAAUAACAAUCUUGAUGGGCCUCUACCAGAUAAUCUCAGCUCUUGCACUAAUCUCAACAGCUUGAACGUCCAUGGGAACAAGCUUAGUGGAACAAUUCCUCCUUCAUUUCAAAGGCUUGAAAGCAUGACAUACUUGAAUCUUUCUUCCAACAAUCUCAAGGGUCCAAUUCCAAUUGAACUAUCCAAAAUUGGUAAUCUGGAUACACUGGAUCUCUCUAAUAAUAGGAUAACCGGUGCCAUUCCUUCACCAAUCGGUGACCUGGAACAUCUUCUAAAAUUGAAUCUAAGCAAAAACUAUUUAACCGGUGAUAUACCUGCAGAGUUUGGUAAUUUAAGAAGUGUCAUGGAGAUAGAUCUUUCACAUAACAAUCUUUCUGGUCCCAUUCCCGACGAACUGGCUCAGCUUCAGAAUAUCUUCAUGCUGAACGUGGAGAACAACAAGUUAUCUGGGGAUGUGUUGUCAUUAGCCAAUUGUCUCAGUCUUACUAAUUUGAAUGUUUCCUACAACAACCUAGCCGGGGAUAUUCCUAUUGGUAAUAACUUCUCGAGGUUCUCACCAGAGAGCUUCCUAGGGAAUCCAGGUCUUUGCGGCUCUUGGCUGAGGACUCCUUGUCAUGCGUCUCAGUCAGCCAGACGAGCAACGAUAUCUAAAGCAGCUAUUUUGGGGAUUGCUGUGGGUGCACUGCUGAUUCUGUUCAUGAUCUUAGUAGCAGCAUGCCGGCCACAAAAUCAAGCACCUUUCAUCAGUGGAUCACUUGACAAACCAGUUAAUUACUCAGCUCCAAAACUUGUGAUACUUAACAUGAACAUGGCCCUUCAUGUGUAUGAGGAUAUUAUGAGAAUGACGGAGAACCUGAGUGAGAAGUGUAUAAUUGGAUAUGGUGCAUCGAGCACCGUGUACAAAUGUGUCCUUAAGAAUUGCAGACCAGUGGCAGUAAAAAAACUGUAUACUCAUUGUCCACAGUACCUUAAGGAAUUCGAGACGGAGCUUGAGACUGUUGGGAGCAUCAAGCAUCGUAAUCUAGUCAGCCUCCAAGGAUAUUCACUGUCUCAAUCAGGAAACCUGCUUUUUUAUGACUACAUGGAAAACGGUAGCCUUUGGGAUCUCCUUCAUGGCCCUACCAAGAAAAAAAAGCUGGACUGGGACACCCGUCUUCGAAUAGCACUUGGUGCUGCCCAAGGCCUUGCAUAUCUUCAUCAUGAUUGCAGCCCUCGGAUUAUUCAUAGGGAUGUAAAGUCAUCGAACAUACUUCUGGACCAGGAUUUAGAGGCUCACCUCACGGACUUUGGUAUUGCCAAGAGUUUAUGCACAACCAAAUCUUACACCUCUACUUAUGUUUUGGGCACCAUUGGUUAUAUAGAUCCAGAGUAUGCUCGCACUUCGCGUCUUACUGAGAAAUCUGACGUUUAUAGCUAUGGGAUUGUGCUACUUGAGUUGCUAACGGGAAGAAAAGCAGUGGAUAAUGAAUGCAACCUCCAUCAUCUGAUUUUAUCCAAGACGGCAAACAAUACAGUAAUGGAUACUGUUGAUCCGGACAUAACAACUACAUGCAAGGAUCUCAACGACGUUAAAAAAGUGUUCCAGCUCGCCCUUCUCUGCAGCAAAAGGCAACCAACUGAUCGGCCAACAAUGCAUGAAGUGGUCCGCAUGCUCAGUAGCAUCUCAAUCGCUGCAGUAGUGCCAACAAAAGAAUCCACCCUAGUCCCCUCGCUCACAGAUCCAUCUGCCAAAGUCCCCUGCUACAAGGAUGAGUACGCAAAUCUCAAGGCCCCUCACUUGGUAAACUGCUCAUCCAUGAGCACCUCAGAUGCUCAGCUGUUCCUAAAAUUUGGAGAGGUGAUCUCUCAGAACAGUCACUAAACCAAAUCUCGCAAGGUAAUCAGUAUUAUUAAUGUACCUUGCUUAGGCUCUCAAGAUCAUCUCAAAAAAUACUGUAUAAAAAAUAUGUAAGUAAGUAGAACCAAUUAUUGCAGCCUGCAAGAAAUGGACAGAUUUAGUAUUGAAUCUGGAUCUGCAUGUACUAUGGUGCAUUAUAUGUCUGGUGUAGUUUAUGAAAAAGCAAGUAGUAGCUUUGGCACAAGGAUAUGGGACCUCUGCUCCUGUAUCUGGCACUGGCAUAUGGGGAGGUUUUAUGAAGUUGGGUGCACAUUUUGAGGUGGGAGCAAGCACUGAGCUUCUGCUCAGAAAUAAUGCACUUGUGGAGCCAUAACUUGCUCAUUAUAUACAACUCCUCUUCAAUCAUACUUACCAGUACUGUUUAUUAGACAGUUCCCCCUUCAUUGUUGUGGAAACCAUCUCUUGCUUAGAAUGUAAAUCUUCUUUACUCCCUAGUUUUGGUAAUUACAUAAAGGUUACUUUUUAUUUUCGGGG